GACGCGGCGGCGGCGGCGGCGGCGCUGGGGCAGGGAUGCGGGCGCCCUGAGCCCCGGCGGCGGGAGCCCCAUGACGGACCUGGCGUCGCCCACGGGCGAGAACCCCUUCGCCUUCCCCGGCGGCGAGGAAGGCCUGGGGGACGAGAAGGCGCUGGUGAUCCACAGCCAGGCGGAGGAGGAGGCGGAGAAGGAGUUCAAGUGCAUCCUCUGCGGGGAAUGCUUCGGCCAGCAGCCCAGCCUCGCCCGGCACCAGAAGCACCACGCCGGCGAACGCGCCUUCAUCUGCGCCGAGUGCGGCAAAGCCUUCAGCCUCAAGCACAACCUCAUCAUCCACCAGCGCAUCCACACCGGGGAGCGGCCCUACCAGUGCGGCGUCUGCCAGAAGAGCUUCAGCCUCAAGCAGAACCUGCUCACCCACCAGCGCAUCCACAGCGGCGAGAAGCCCUUCUCCUGCCAGCGCUGCGGGAAGCGCUUCCGCGAGCAACGGUUCCUCCUCAACCACCAACGCACCCACCCCGAGGACCGGCCCGGCGCCACCGCCGCCGCCACCACCGCCACCGAGGUCCAACCCGGCGCCAGCCGCCGUUCACCGGAGCCGCAUGAGGCGGCCGGCGGCCCCUUCGCCUCCAGCAGCGGCCCGGCCCCCCACCAGCGCGGCCACGGCGGGGGCGAGCGACCCUUCGCCUGCCCCGACUGCGGCAAGACCUUCGGCCAAAAGGGCUCCCUGAGGAGCCACCGGCGCAGCCACGCCGGCCAGACCCCCUUCGCCUGCGCCCAGUGCGGCCAGAGCUUUGCCCAGAAGGUCAACCUCACCGCCCACCAGCGCACCCACGGGGAGGAGGCCGCCCUCACCUGAGACCCCCCCCCCCCACCCUCCACUGCCCCGGCACCCCCUGCCCGCGCCGCCCCCCUGCUUUUGGGGGCCCCCCCCCGCCCCCCUGGCCCAGGUUGCCCCGAGAAGCUGUGGCUGCCCCAUCCCUGGAGGGGUUCAAGGGCAGGUUGGCCGGGGCUUGGAGCAACCUGGGCUGGUGGGAGGUGUCCCUGCCCAGGGCAGGGGGUGGCGCUGGGGGGGCUUUGAGGUCCCUUCCCACCCAAACCAUUCCAUGAUUCUAUAAUUCCCCGCCGAGGCACUGCGGGAACACCCACAACCUGCAAUUCCAUCCCCAGGGAGGGAGUUGGGGGGUCACUAGACGCUCCCCCGGGCUUUCUGGGGUACGGGACGGCACAGGGAGCCGCCGGCACGCAGCCGCGUCCGGCACGAAGGGGCGCCAGCAGCCCCUGCUCGGCCUGGGAACCCCCGGGGCCGUUUUCCUCACCCACUUCCCACCCCUCGUCCUUCCGUUGGGGUUUUUUUUUUCUCCUGACGGUCACGAGGCCGGUCCCGCCAGCGCCGGUAGCCCCGGGCCCCACCGUCCGCCGCGCCAGGAGGGCCCUCACACAGCCCGCGUGCUUCCCCGGGUGCCCGACCUCCCCUUUGCCCGGCACCGCGGCGGCGCAGCCUCGUGCCGCGGCUUAAACCCCCUGGGCCAGGGCAAGAGACCAUGGAGGAAGAGGAGGAGGAAGGUUUCCUCGCGGCGUGCCCCGGCUGCGGUCCGGCGCGGUGAACCCGCUCGUCGUCGCCGCAUGGCCGGGGUGCUGGUUGCCGGCGAGUCAGAGCCCCCCGGUCCCGGCAGCGCCGAGGUGCCGAGGCGGUGCCGGCGCGAGGAGCCGAAGGAUGACCCAGCGGCGGCAGGGAGCGCCCGGCCAGGAAGGUGCGGGAUGGGGCGGCGGGGCAGACGGCGAGCGCCCGGCGUCUCCGGAGACGUGCCGACACCGAAGCGCGGCCGAGAGCCGGAGCGUGGCUGGGAGAGGUGAGCGGCAGCCGGGACGGCAAAGCCGCCCUUCCCGGCGGGGGACGAGCACACGGCACUGUCCCAGCUCCCGGUGACGGCAACGUCCCCACUGCUGCCGAAUCCCGAGGGAGCUGGCUCGGGGCUUCCCCCCCCCGCAGAACCCCCACCCCCCGCACCCUCACGUCCCCCCUCGUGCGACGCCGCGGGCUCCAGGACGAGCGUCGGGGCUGAGCGUCCCCAUGGCGGGGCGGGGGGGGGACGACGACACGUGGCACUUUGUGACACCCCGGCAGGACGCUCCACGUGGGUAACAACAAGCCGGAGCAGCUUUUUUCCAAACCCAGGGAUUUUUUCCUUCCCAACCGCAUCCCCCCCCCCCCCCCAAAAAAAAAAAAAAGGGCGUCACCGUGCAGAGGGUGGUCCUGGGGGGCUGCUGCCCGUCAGCUCCCCCUCGGUGCCCCCAGAGGCGAAGCGAAGCCCCCCCGCGGGUGCCCGCACAGGGACCCCCCCCACCCCGGCGCUGCCCCGUCCGUCCCCCCCCCCCACCGCCGCUUCCUCUG